UAAACAAACUAGGCGGUGACCCGAUCCCGAACUCUCCCCGCUUAAGCAGCAGCGGCGCUCGCUGGCUGGUCCAAGAAUGGGCACGAGGAAAGGGUUCUUGAAGCGAUUUUAAAACGAAGCUGUCUCCCUCCAUUCUCGUUCUCUCCUACUCUUCCUGUGAAGUCUCUCCGUUGCGAUCCCAAUGGAUUACUCCGCCAUGAAACCCUAAGCCCUUUCCUCCUUUUUUACUCCCCCUCACCGAGCUUUCUCUCCCCCCGUCUCUCUCUGCUCUCUUCGACGCACAGAACAAGGACCGAUUUCUUCUCCGUUCGACGAUCGCCAUCGCUGCUUGUAUUCAAGUCGCGGGCAGGUUUGAAAUCGAGGAGGAAUUUCUUUUUCCGCAUUCUUGGGCGAAUUCUAAGCAUGGGGAGAGGGAAAAAAACACAGACAAUCAUAGUGCCGGAGAGACCACCAUGGUCUCCUACUGGUGGGAACAGCUCUACAACUGCAAGGAACUUGCGCAAGAGCGAUCUAGGAGGAGUGAUCUUUGGAUGCACGCACAACACUAUGAAGGAGUGUCUUUCAAACCAAUUAUUUGGCUUACCCUCCUUGCAUUUCUCAUAUGUGAAGAAUAUUGAGCCUGGCCUGCCAUUAUUUCUUUUUAAUUAUACCGACCGGAAGAUGCAUGGCAUAUAUGAGGCUGCAAGCCAUGGCCAGAUGAACAUUGACCCAUAUGCAUGGACUGAUAAUGGCAUGCAGAGAACUCCUUUUCCUGCACAGGUUCAUAUCUACAUCAAAAUGCCAUGCCAGCCUCUUUUGGAAAACCAGUACAAGAAAGUGAUUGGGGAUAAUUAUUAUACGGUUAAGCACUUCUGGUUUGACCUGGAUCAUGCACAAACGAGAGGCUUAAUUUCAUUGUUCGCACCUUCUGCAAGUGUCAAGCUAGCUCCUGGUGGGUCAGGCAAGACUAAUCCUUUUACAUCAUUUCCAUCUACAAAAUUGAAGGCAAUUGCUAAUAUGGAGCAUGCGAACAAUGGGUCUGGGGAACCAAGGAGGGGUUCUACAUCACCUGCUGAUUUGUUAGAUAUGAACAUGUUUUCAUCAUUUACCUGCGAUGAUGGGGAUAGGGAACAUGCUAGCUCAAGUAGAACAUCAACUAGUGCUCCUGAAGAGAGGGAACAUAAGGAGCCAGUUUCAGAUUGGGAAGAUUGGGAUGACAGUGUGCAGGGUUUUCAUCCAGAUGUUAGUGUUCGUUUGGAUGAGCAGGGCCAGAGCUUGUCAGAACACCAUUUUGAUAAGGAAUCAAAGACUGCAGUGCAGGGCAUGUUGCAUAAACUAAGAGAGCUGGCUGCUGAGCACAGGCAGUCGACUGCACCAUCCAAGGAGUCUAUAAAUGAUGGUUCAAUUCGGUGCACAUCCACAAAUAUACUACAAGAAAAUAGGCCUCCCGAGGAUAACUUAGUUUCAGCUAAGAUUGAGGAAAACACAACUGUACCUGAUCUAUAUCAGAAGAAUGCUGAGUUGGUGCACAUCAUCAAUGAGUUGACAAAAAAAACUGCAGCAAUGGAGGAGAAGCAGACCGAAUCAGAUAAAGAAAUACAACAUUUGAGGGAUGUAAUUGAAGACUCUGGAAGAAAAAUUCAACAGUUGAAGCAUCGAGUUGAGGAGCUAGAAUCAAAGCUAAAUCCUUCUAAAUGUCUUGUUGAUGACAUAUCUAGCAAUUCUGCUAAGCAAUAUUGGAGUUCGGAGAAAGUUAUUUACCUUAUAGGUGGUUUUAAUGGCACAUCAUGGUUAUCAGCCUUAGACUUAUUUUCGCCAUCAAAGGACACACUCAUACCUCUUAAGCAAAUGGGAUGUGCUCGUUCCUAUGCAGCUGCAGCUGCAUUAAAUGAUAAUAUUUUUGUUUUCGGUGGUGGAGAUGGGAAUUCUUGGUUUCACACAGUUGAGUGUUACAACCAAAGAAAUGAUGAGUGGACUAUGUGUCCUCACAUGAACUGUGCAAAAGGAAGUCUGGCUGGUGUUACUUUGAAUGACAAGAUAUAUGCUAUUGGUGGAGGAGAUGGAUAUGAAUGUUUCUCAGAUGUUGAGAUGUUUGAUCCGGUUCUUGAAAGGUGGAUCGGCAGCCAGUCAAUGUUUCAGAAGCGGUUUGCUCCUGCUGCAGCAGAACUUCAGGGUGUACUGUAUGCUGUUGGUGGAUAUGAUGGAAGAGGAUACUUGCUGUCAGCUGAAAGCUAUGAUCCACGGGAAGGUUUAUGGACCAGGCUCCCAAGCAUGAAUACGAGAAGGGGAUGUCACUCAUUGUCAGUCUUCAACGGCAAACUAUAUGUAACUGGAGGGUAUGAUGGUGAGAAAAUGGUUUCCAGCGUUGAAACUUUUGAUCCUCGUCUUGGUGCAUGGAUGAUUGAAGAACCAAUGAAUGUUUUUAGAGGAUAUGCUGCUGCUGCAGUGCUUGGUGAAACAUUGUUUGUUGUUGGUGGGCUUAAAGAUGGAGAAACUAUUUUAGACACGGUGGAAUCCUACAACGUGGGGACUGGUUGGUCGAUGUGUGGAUUCAAGGCAAUUGGGAAGAGGUGCUUUUUCUCUGCCAUUGUCCUAUGAGCGGGGUGGUUAAUGUUGUUGCUGCAAGAAACAUUCUUGGUUCCCCAAAAAAAGUGAAACAUUCUGGAGAAGCACUGAUGAACAGACGCGGCAGUUUUUGUUGCUUUGCCGAGUGAUCUACACCAUUUUCCCUUGGGUAAGCCAUAAUAUAGAUCACACUCAUGACAUACUGGGUGAGAGGAAUGAAAAAGGAAUGGAACCAUAUAUUUCUUUUUAACUGGUCAGCAUACUAUCUUGAUGGUGUAGACGAGCAUAUAGAUCUAGAUAUACAUAUAUAUUAUAAAAAAAAAUCCAAUAUUUUGGCCCUAA